UGCAGUAAUAGCAAACUACAAGCAGUCUAUACAUAUUUAAUAAACUAGCAUUUACCGGCUAUAUACUCCAACACAAGAAAAGGGGGGUAGUGAUCAUGCUGCUUAUGCUAAUAGGAUGUGAAACAUGUUAUAAACCCUUUUCUUAAACUUCUGUUUUAAUUAAAUACCGGGUUAGCAGGUAUAACUGCAGAGUGCACCUCAACAGGUUUUUUCAUUCUCUUGGUUCUUGGGGUUUCCCCUUGUGAUGUAUUAAGUGGAAAAUGACUGUAGCUAAAUCAGAAAUCUAGGGCAAACCUUAAACAGCAGCUUCCCUUUGUAGAUUAUACAGACACGCGUUCUUUCUGGAGAGAAAAGACAGGAACGGCAAAGCACAUUGUAAGGCAGUCAGAGGCUGGGUUGAAAAAGAAGAGCGUCUUUGGCUUCAUCCAAGAAUCUGCUGGAUAUCUAUCUGCGUGACAAUCAGAUUCUUAACAACAAUGCUGGGUUUGGGAUUCCUUAAUCGGUGAGAUUAACUGCGUUAUUAAAGUAUCAAUGGAUCUGGAAAGAGGGAGUCUUGCCAGUGCCAUGUGUUGUGCCAGGGCAUGUCCUAAUGACCUCUGGAGAUAAUCGAGUGAUUGAGCCAAACACAGAAUGGAGUUGUUCAGCCGUAGGUUUGCAGUGGUGAUAGCCGUGACAAUGCUGCUUUACUGGAACAGCGGAGGAUGUUCUGGGUUGGUGUGUCGUGGAAUCCUCUGGGUAGAGCCCACGCCAGUCUUCAUCUUGGGCUCCAGUGUUUCAGUCAUCUGCACUUCAUCCAUUGAGAACUGUCACCCUGAAAAGUUUUCAGUGUACCUCAAUAACAACCCACAGCCCUCUCUUCACCAUCUGAAUCAUUCUGCUGUGGAGCUGCAGCUUCACCAUGUCACCAUACCCCACUCAGCCAUUCGCUGUCAUGUCAAAUGCAAAGGACAACGGGGGCAGCAGCUGGUUUGUGGAAAGGAUAUUAAAGGAGGAUAUCCUCCAGAUAACCCUAGAAAUGUUACCUGUAUUAGUAAAUGGAAGUCAAAUACAAUCAAUUGCACCUGGAAGAAAGGAAAAGACACCUAUAUAAACACCAGCUACAUUGUGGAAUUCCAAAGUAGUGAGAGAAUUCAGACGUUUUCUCCUCAAAGGGAGGAAUAUGUUCUGAUCCCUCUCUCUCACUUUGAGAUGGACGCGGAGUACAACGUCUCUGUGCGUGCCAAAAAUCACCUGGGACAAUCGCAGUCGGCCAUAAUACAACUAACAAUUAAUGACGUAGUAAUACCCGACACCCCCACAAUCACCAAUAUUACUUUUGUCAACGGCUCCCACAAAGAGGCUGUCCUUCAAUGGAACAAAUCAGUGCAGCUUUGUGCUGAGGUUAGAUACAGAGCAGCUGUCAAUGGCUGGACUAUGGUUGACGAAAAAGAGACUUCUUGUGAAAACAGCACAUUUGGACUGUGUGGCUUGAAGCCCUUCACUCAGUAUGAGUUUCAGAUCCGCAGCUGCAAACCAAAUGAAAAACUGAGGUGCAGUGACUGGAGCCCAUCUUUCUUGGAGAGGACACCAGAAGCAGAGCCUUGUAGAAGAGUGGAUGUGUGGAGAAUAAUGGGCCCGACUCACAGCAAUGGAAGCCGGACUGUAACUAUACUCUGGAAGCCUCUUGCUCCCGAAUAUUCCAGAGGGAUUAUUUUGGGAUAUGAAGUGUUUUACAGACAGUAUGGAAAGCAACGCCAUAGCCACGUGUGUCAACCAAACGACACGCAGUACCAGAUUACACUACCAAAACACACAAAGAUGCUUUAUAUCACUGCCCUCAACUCAAAGGGCAGUUCAGAGGCUGCUCAGCUUAGCAUUGGCCAGAAAGAAUUUGCACCACCCAUUAUUACUAAAUUGGCAUCAGCAGAUAGUUUGGGAAUUUUGUUGGCAUGGAAAGCACCCAGCCAGACAAAGGGAUCAGUGCUGUGGUACAUAGCAGAAUGGUACAGGCAAGAUGGAAGCAUGAGGUGGAAAAAAAUGACUUGCUUGCAGAACUCCACAUAUAUUGAAGCUAAGGUCUCAGGAUCUCGUUACUACAUUUCAUUGUAUGCAAUUUAUUCAAAUGGAGAAAGUAAACCAGCAACAGCUGAAGCAUAUUCCAAGGAGUUGGAACCAAGAGCCGGUCCAAAGGUUUCAGUUGUAGAAACUCAAAUGAAACGAGCACUUAUCAAGUGGGAAGACAUUCCUGUACAUCUUCAGAGAGGAUUUAUCAAAACCUACACGAUAUGCCUGAAGAAAGGCAUUGAUGAAACAUUUAGAAAUGUUUCAGUUGCAUUAAGGCAGUACUGGCUGGAGAGUCUGGAGCCGGCGGUCUUGUACACUGUUUACAUGACAGCAUGGAAUUCUGCUGGGAAAGGAGCAAAGGGGGAGGAGAUCAUCCUCAAACUGGCAGACGGUCAUGAUUUCACCAUUCUCGUGGUUAUUGUUGUCGUGGUAACCUCCUCAAUAGCCAUUCCACUAAUUGUGAUGUUUUGCAAUUCUAUCAGACACAGAAUCAAGAGAAUAUGUGUAUUAUGGGUACCAGAGUGGGUUUUUGAGGAAUUCCCUAGAGUUGAGAACAGUAGUGUGGUGAAGCUAUUGCAGGAGAAAUACAGGACUGACUCAGACUCUUCGUGGCUCUCCUUACACAGCGACCCUCCAAUAACAGAUGUGGAGGAAACAAUCUUCUUCUCAGAGUUGGUGACUUCAUUGCCGUCUCUCCUUGGUGAAGACACACAUGUAGAGGGAAUGGAAUGGCAAUCCGCAGGAAAUCCAGAAGCUGAAGACACUCCUAGCGAACAUCGUGGAUACCAACCCCAGGUAUCAAACCAGGGAGAAGAUCAUUUACUUGACAGUGUAGAAACCUCUCAGCUUGAAUUAAUCAAUACAAGUUCUCCAGCAGACUGUGAUAUAUUUACAAUGUUGCUGAACGGUACUUUUGACAUUUCAAGCAGGAGUUUGCUUCCAGGAGGAGAUAUAAAUGUGACCUUCGGUGGCAAUGCGCAAAUCAUCGACUUAACCGGCUUCCAUGGGAAGAGAGAGAGGGUAGAAUUUAAUGAGAGGCAUGACUUUCCAACAGAAGGCUCAGACCAGGGUCAAACAUUGCUGCCAGAUGCACUGGUGGACUCUCUGAGACAUUCAACAGAGGAACCUGUUGCUGUGAACUCUUAUUUCCCUCAACUUGUUGUUCUUCAGGUCACAGAAGGAGACUGGUGAGGUGUUUGCAAAGAAGCUUCUAUUCACACAAACAAUGAAACAUGGACUAUGUAUCAGCUGCAGCACGUGUAUCUGAGCAACCUGCUGCAAUACAUAACUGACUGAUACUAUAACUAACCAAAAGCGGUUAAAGGACUCAGGGAACAUACAGUUCAUCUAAACACUGAUAAAAUAACGAAAGAGAAAAGCCAGUAGCUUCAGAAAAGCUACAGUUACUGCACAAAACCUCCCAUAUUUGCCUACCUGAUUUUCACUUCACAAAACAGUGGAUUAGUAAAGAAUCCUUACAGAGUUGUACAUGUUUUGAAUUGGAGGAAUAACAAUCUUUCCAGAUGGUUUGCAGGAAGUUUGACUUUUAAGCAUGAAUUUUACACAAAGUAGAAUAUUAUGUUAGAAUAAUUACAUAACAUUCAGUUAUUUCAUAAGGCACAAUGAUGUUGUCUCUACUUAUUAUAUAUAUCAAGGUUUAAUGUUUAUGAAAUACACCCAGAGUUUCUUCAUGCCUUUAACUCUGAUAAUGAGUUUGCAUUCUCUGUAAUGGCUAUUAUAUUUUGAUAUAUGCUUGUUUUUAUUCAAAUUGAUAUGUAACCAGUGGCGACCGGUGGCCAAAAAAUGUGGAGGCAGAAAAUAAGGCGGAGGGCUUGGGGGUCCCCUUAAGCCCCCAACAGCAGUAGAAUCAUAUUCUUAUAUUAUGACUGAACACAUUUUUCAUAUCUUCUUAACAUUUUACCCCAAAUAAAGUAGUAGCCCAUCAUAGUUUAUUCUAAUAAAUUUA